CCCGCCCAGUCGGCUCUCGGGAAAGGGGUCGGCGCUGCCACGCGGGGAGCGCGCUCUCCGGCCCGGCCGCGGCAUGCGCGCGCUGCUCGGCCUGCUCCUUGUAUUCGUCUGCUGCACCUUCGCUCUGUACCUGCUGUCCACGCAGCUGCCCUUGGGGCCGAGGUUGGCAUCUGCCGAGGAGCCCCAAGGCCGGUCACUGUGGUUCCCCUCAGAUCUAGCGGAGCUGCGGGAGCUCUCCGAGGUCCUUAGAGAGUACCGGAAGGAGCACCAGGCCUAUGUGUUCCUGCUCUUCUGCAGUGCCUACCUCUACAAACAGGGCUUUGCCAUCCCUGGCUCCAGUUUCCUGAAUGUUUUGGCUGGUGCCUUGUUUGGGCCAUGGCUGGGACUUUUGCUGUGCUGUGUGCUGACAUCGGUGGGUGCCACAUGCUGCUACCUGCUUUCCAGCAUUUUUGGCAAACAGCUGGUCAUCUCCUACUUUCCCGAUAAAGUGGCCCUGCUGCAGAGGAAGGUGGAGGAGAACAGAAAUGGCCUGUUCUUUUUCCUGCUGUUCCUCAGACUCUUCCCCAUGACACCAAACUGGUUCUUGAACCUGUCGGCCCCGAUCCUGAACAUCCCCAUCGUGCAGUUUUUCUUCUCAGUGCUUAUCGGUUUGAUUCCAUACAAUUUCAUCUGCGUGCAGACAGGCUCCAUCCUGUCCACCCUCACUUCUCUGGAUGCUCUUUUCUCCUGGGAAACUGUCCUGAAGCUGCUGGCCAUUGCCCUGGUUGCUUUGGUUCCUGGAACCCUCAUCAAGAAAUUCAGCCGAAAGCACCUGGCCCUGAGUGACCCAAGGAGCACUCGUCACCUCGGUGGCAGGAAGGACGCGUGACACAGGUGCCAUGUUUACCACAGCCCUGGACUCUGCUGCUGGUCUGUGUGAUGGGCACGGUCCUCUAUUGUCCUCACUGUGUUUUAAUCACGCUCAGGAAGGUGAUGUGAACGGCGUUCUAGUGCGUGCAGAGGCCUAUCAGAAGGGCGCUCUGCUUGACGGUCCAGUCUCAUUUAGCAGGGUUCUGUGAAAUGGACUGCUUUCUAGAAAAUCUUGUUUUGGUUCUGUCCAAUAAUAGGGACUCAGUCUGUUGGGCUUGCCUCUUGCCAGUCCCUGAGAUGUCUUGGGAGAAGAUGCUGGUGGCCUUUUGGACAGGCUGUGUAACAGGUACACCUGUUAAGUCCCUGUGGAUGUUUGUAUCAGACAGAACUCUAGCCUGUUAGUCUCCUGAAGAGUGUCUUCUCUACCUUUUUGCUGAUGAUCAUCUACCUCUCCAUAGGCCAAGGGACCCAUGGCGAACUGCCUAAGACUUACACACAGCUCGAGUGCAAUGAUUCCUGUAAUAUCCCCGUUCACACACUGAUGUUUCUAUGUCUAAGCUCCUUGUGGUUGUAUGUCUUCAGAGUUAAGCUGAUUCAAACAUGAUUAAAUAUGAAUGGAGCCAGCUUUGCAUGUUCUGAAUGUGUUCUGAGGAAAUGAUCCCUCAUCCCAAGGCCCUGCCAUGCUUCGUCUGAAUCAAAUGGCUGGUUGUGUAUUUUCCUCCUGGGAAUCCCUUCUACUGCCUCCUGUUGGGAGAGUGGCGUCAGUACAGGAGGCUGUCAGCCAGUAAACACACUGUGAUUCUUUGUUUUGUUUUGCCUUUGCAAGAACAGCUGAGGAAUUUGUGCUUUUUAAUACAAACAGGGAAGAGCGGUGUGAGUGCUUGCCUGUCUGGUCAUCACUCACAGCUGUCAUUGUGUCUUCCAGCUGUGGCCCUGGGCUGAUAGCUCUGUGGGCUUGGACCUCAGGGGGACAACUCACGACAAGGACUUGCCAGCACUGCUGCUCUCAAGGCAUCACAGGCUGGGCUGGGGUGUUUGUCUCAGGUCUGGGCUCAGCCAGGAGUCUUGCCAAGGCUUCAGUCGAGGACUGAUGUGCGCACUCGGGUUCCACAGUGAUAGUGGAUUUCCAUGUCAUGGCGUUUUUACGGCUUUCAUUAAAAAAAGAAAUGUGUAAAAGAAGCCUUUCAAUUGAGGGGAUGACAGGAAAGAGGCUACACUUGAAGCCGGUGAUUCCAGAGCAUUUUGGAGUAGAGAGGGAGAGAAGACGGGGUUUUCUCCCCCUUUGCAUGUGUGGCCCCAGCGGGGUUCCGCACAAGUGUGCCUUAUUAGGCUUGAGCUCACAGGGGAAGGGAUUUCCCUAAUCCAUGGACAUAAACAUUCUGCAGUGAAGACAGAACUUAAGAGCUUGUCUCUGCAUGUUGCUGACUCAAAACUGCCUUUACGAAAGGGACCAGAAUUGACUAAAAAAUAUAAUUCAAAAGACUGGUUUAGCUCCCUAUUCCCAGCAGGCCGCUGACCAAAUCAUGCCAGCUUCCCAUUUGCCUCUCUUGGCUUCUUUAAGAGUGAUGUCAUUGGUAACAGGACAGCUGCAGGAAUGGCAGCAGAUGGCUCAGGAAGAACCAGAGUGCCUGUCUAAGCCUUUAUGGGAAAUCUCAGACAAAAUGGAAACCGCAACUUUAGUGCUUGUGCCUGAAAUGUAAGAGUCCUGGCUGCAGAACCCAGCUUGCCCUUUCUCUGAAAACCUGGCAGGGCAGCUUGUAGGAUGCCAAUAGCACCUUCAGGAAAAGACAGGACCAGAACACACCAGGUAGACUUUUUGUUUAAUUUCAUGCAUUGGUUUGUUUUCAUAAUCAUUCUUGUUCCCAUUGCUGUUCGGUACAAAGCCAGAGCCCGUAUCUGAAAAUGACGUGGAGCCGGAGACCUGUGAGCUUCAAGGAGACAAGGGAGUUCAUUUUGAGACUUUAAUACUUGAAAGAAAUUCAUUUGUCCUGAAUCAACAGGAGCUCAAAUUAUUGUAAUAAAUAAUCAUAGAGAGAAAGAGAUGGUGGGGUGGGGGCAGACAUACAUACAUUAAUAAAAAAGACUCAAAAGACUUCCUCAUCCGCUGUGAAGUGGGGUUCUAAAGGUUAAGAGCCCUGGAUGAUGUGGUCAAGAUACCUUUUCCUAAUAGCCUUCACAUGUGGCUGGGUCUCUAGCUUGUAGCCAUGGGAGGACUGUGGUCACUGGCCAGAUACCAGUGACCUCCAGUGCUGUGCAGGAGCCCUGGGGAGCAGGGCUGUGAUUGUGCUGGAAGUUUCCUGACAGUGGCCUUGCCAUCUUCUGAGGAUGUGGCACCUGAAAUUCUGCUGGCACGCCUUUGCCAUGCAUGUGACAUUUACCAAAGCCUCAUCCAGCUCUUUCCCUGUUUCUGAGAGCUAUCCUCUUCAGCUACCUGUCCCUGAGAAAUGUUCUGGGUUCCACUGGGUCCUCCACUCAGCAGCCUCGUUCAGUCCAUUCUUGUUUGAAGGGGCAGCUGCAGUGCCAAGUAAGCCAUGCAGAUAAGCAAACAAACACACCCAAUGGGACAGUCUGGAGGGAGGUAAGCGUAUUGGGACGUUUGUUCUAUGGCACCAGCAAAGAAAAACCUUGCUGCCUGGGAAGGCUGGACCACACUGACAGUUGAAGAGAAGUCUUGACAAAGUUUCACAGUAUUUGGGGAGGAAGCAGGUAACAGACUGCACACUUCAGUUCCCAGACAGGGAAGGGUGUGCUCAUCUGGUACAGCUCAGUGUGGGUAGAGAUGUGAUUGGUGCAGUUCAAAGGGGAAGAAUGAAGGCAGGUGGCCCUUUGUCAUGACAUGCCCCUGUCAGCCUAGGGAACCCAUAAGGAGACUACUGGCGUGGUCCUAGACUUGUCCAUCAGGAACUGAGGGUCUAGAAUCGUCUUUAGGGAACAGUUGUGAGCUCAGAGCUGGGAGCUGGGUUAAUAAACACUUUGCACAUAAAUUCCAACAAGUACUGACGGAUGCUUCAGAUGCUGCUGUGAGUGGCUCUGAGGCUGUAGCAAGGCUCAGCAGGGAGCAAUACAGUGCUCAGUAAAAGGUGCUGCAAUGGGGCUUAGUGUGGAGGUGGUCCAUGGUGGCAUAGGGCGGUGUUUUGGUUUCUGGAGAAAUAAACGUGGUAUAUGUGAAGCAGGGCAGUUGUUUGUGUGCGUGCGUGUAUGUGUGUGUGUGUGUGUGUGUGUGUGUGUGUGUGUGUGUGUGUGUGUUUUGAGCAGGGUCUCAUUAAGUCACUCUGACUAGCUUGAAUGUAGAUCAGGCUGGCCUUGAAAUCAUAAAACUCUACCUGUCUCUGCCUCUCCCAAAGCUAGGAUUAAAGGUAUAUGCCAACAGACCCAGCAAGAAUUUUCUUCUUUUAAGAGAACUUGAGUGGGCAGGCGAUCUCCAGGCCCCACCCUAUUGAGGAGCUCCUGGCAGCUGACAGCUACUGGAGGAAGGAGGAUCAUCCUUUGUCCGCGGAAGUGGUUCUCUUAACUUCCCAUGCCCUACGGUGGGUGUCCCCAUAUACAUACACUCAUGGGCGGCACUACUAGACUUGCAGAGUUACCAAAAUAACAACCUAACCCCCACCCCCAAACAAAACCAUCAAGUUGGGAGGAGGAUGUUUUGAGUGGGCUAUGGAGGGGGAACGGGGUGAAUGUGAUCAUAUUUCAUUGUAUACAUCCAUCACAUUCUCAAGGAAUAAAAAAAAUAGGAACAUUUGAGAUAUAAGGGCAUGAGAAAAAAACAGUAAACCACCGAAUCAUUAGGAACAUGUUCCCACUGAGAAGACGUCAGUGAUACCUUGUGGGGACACUGACAACCCUGAGUUAGUGACAUGAACUCCAAAGUCACUGCCCCCAUCACCUAGAGUAGGUUGGGGACAGCAGAGCACAGUGGGGCCCCGAGUAAGUACCACACAGCACCUACUCAAAAUGACCUUAAUUCCAGGAUGAAUUUGGUGGAUCUAAUGGCUUAAAAUACUCAGUCUUCAAUCAGGCUACUCAAGACACCUUACAACACCACGUCAUUGCCCUGCGCAGGCUCUCCCAGAGUCCUGCAGCUAGCUCUUAGGUGAGGUAUGUUUCAAAAUGGACACAGGCAUCUCCGUUCCUGUGCUAAGCAAUUUUAGGAGGGAUUUUUAUUCAGCGACAUGAUCUAGAAGAGGCUAAAUCCAGUGCUUGACUGCGAUGCAAAACUGAAACUCCCCUUGAUAGUCAGUCCAAACCAGAUGGCCAAAGAAUGAAGGUGCUCAUCCUGCACCCGGUGACGAAGCUUGAGAUGGGCCUGGCAAGGCUUCUCAAAGCACCAACGCGUGGCGGCAGCUAAGGGCACUGAAGAGCUGGCGCUUAUGUUCCCUGAGCUCUCCACUCAGAGUUCUGCUGACUACAAGGUUCUCAAGGAAACACACUCCAGUUUCCUGCUUCAGGGCAGGCUCUGGAGGUAAGGUGGGGGGAAGUCUCUUUUCCCUUUUAACCUUGCUUAGAACAGUAAUUCUAUUCAAAAGGACGGGUUUUACUCCUAUCUUGAUGACACAGCGAAUGACUGGAGUCCACACACCCCCCCUAGCAAGCCUAUGAUAGUUAAGCCAGAUAAAAGUGGCCUUAGCGUGAUGGACAGAGAGGACGGGAAUUCAGAAUGAAGACUGAUGUAGCAGGUGCGUUUCCGGGGAGGACCAACACUGAAAGGUGCCAGACAGAAGUUGGCCUUUGUGUAAACAGCUGGUUCUGCUUUGUGUUGGACGUAAAGAGUCUCUGUUCCAAGGAAUAAGGGACCUGAGGCUGGAGGAUGAGGGAAUAGUGCCUCUGAUGUCAUUCCCCAGCCCUGUGACCCCCAAAUGCCUCCACCCCCUAGAACUCUUGUCUAUUCCAGAAGCAGAUCGUGACUGGCAUUACGUACCUCCCUUUGUUCUAGUCUUUCUGCUCUUCCCAAUUUGUGGGGCUCAGUGGGAAGGCAAUGACUUGCUUUGCCGUACACUCUUGAAACUGCCUCACAAGCCUCCGCAGAAAUGCUUUGUCUUGCUGUAAGAGCAUUAAAUCUCUUUUUGCCUCUA